CCAAGCAUAUCACUUUUCUCUUGCGAGAAUAAGCAAGUCACCAUAUAUAUUAGAGUUUCAAGAGCAAUGUCACUGAUUUAGGACGUCUAUCGAAUUCCUGAUGUACAAUGCAUUUUUGGGCGCUUUGGCCUAUGCCAGUGUAUGAAAGGCUCUAAGCAGAUCUGUGGAAAACCUUACAUCUCAAUUUAUUGAGUUUAGAGUUGAGAAUUGAGCAGUUUGAAGAUGGAGCCAACAGUGUGGGCAAUCAUUUUCGUUCUUAAUUCACUCAUCACACUCCUCAUCAUGAGCAUGUAUGCAACGAUUACAGAAAUGGUUAUGAUAGUAAGCAUUGUUCUCGUUUCUAUUGUUUGGUUUAUCAUCAGAAAGUAUGAGAUGAUUCCUUUUCCCCACUGGAGAAUGCAUGGGAUGAUUCUGCUGGCAAUGGCAGAGGACAUUGUUCAUAAUUUAGGCUCCAUUAUUAAAAUUUCCGGUCGUAUGAAGGAUCUUGGGGUUGAAGUCGCAAAGCUGCAUGUGAUGCAAAUGGCCCUCCGUCGUCUGGAUCCACUCCUGUGUUCUGAACAAUGCAUCCAUUGGCUUAACAGCGUGGACGCUUUGCAACACAUGGAGCAAGAUAUUCAGGUUGGGUAUGGCAGGUGCGGCUUGAAUUAUUCAAAGAGGCUCCACUUAAGCAAUAAAGUAUGCCAGGAGCUCAACACAGCCUAUAAUCUCCUCAGGCAAGGAGACUACUUCUUGCACCCAAAAAUUAAUUUGCAGGGCACGAUAAACUUCUACACGAAGAAGGUGAUUGGUUUUGUUAAUGCCAUUGACGCUGACUCUGGAUUGCUUGGGAUUUGGGGCACUGGUGGUGUGGGCAAGUCAUGCCUUCUCAAGCUGGUUAGUGAUUCUCGUUCAGAGUAUGCUGAUGGUUCCUUAAAUGUCAUGUUUGUUCAUGCUGGCAUUGGAUGUACAGUUAGUCAGGUGCAGCAGGUAAUUGCCACCAGUAUGGGACUAUCUCUAAUGCACAAUAAGACUUCCCAUGCAAAUAUCAUUCGUGAUCACCUCAGUGAUGUGAGCUUCUUAUUGCUGUUAGAUGAUCUAUGCGAGUAUCUUGAUUUGGAAGCUGUGGGCAUACCCUUGCCGUUGGGGAGUGUUGUAGUCUCUCUUCAGGGAGGGUUGGCACGGCAAAAACAGCGUAAAGUUGUGCUCACAACAAGGAACAUGAAUUUGUGUGACAAGAUGGGGUGCAGCCACGACAAUACCAUCAAAAUGGAGUGCUUGGACGAAGAAGAUGCUUGGAAACUCUACCGUAGAUUCUCGUCUGUAUUCAUCGGUAGAGAAUUCACCAUAGAAGAAAAAACAUUAUUGCCUGAAAUACUACCAGUGCAACGACCGUCCGGCUGCAAAACCCUGCAAGAUGAUCGGUUCCCGGGAAUGGCAGGCUCCUACAAUGAGGUGCACUAUUUCAUCGAGGACAAGGGUGGCCGAUCCCUAUUACUGGGGGUCUGGGGCACGCGAGGCGUGGGCAAGACAACUCUUCUUAGGCUCAUGCGUGAUUAUAAGGGUAAAGCUCACUUCGAGCACAUUAUGUUCGUUGGGGCUGGAACUGGAUGCGUGGUGAACAAUGUGCAACAUGCUAUUGCUGUCAAUCUAGGCUUAGAUUUGGCCAUGAUGUCAUCACUUGAUGAGCUUUCCCGAGCCAUGCAUAUCUUCAACUAUCUUGAAGACAAGAGCUUCUUAUUGUUACUAGAUGACAUAAGAGAGCCCCUUAAUUGGUGGGCUGUUGGCUUGCCACUAUUGUCAUAUAGGGGGCAAAAGAUCAUCUUGGCGACGAGGAGUCAGGCUGCAUGUGCCCUCAUGGGGUGUCAUCCCGCCGACGUCAUUGAGAUGCGUUGUCUGGGGAAAGAUGAUGCAUGGAGCCUCUUCAAAGACAAGGUUGGGAUUGGAAUCAUCAACGAUCAUCCUCAAGUUCAUCAUCUUGCAAAGCAGAUGGUCUCACGGUGCGGCGGCUUGCCCCUAGCACUAUGCGCCCUUGGUCGAGCCAUGUCAAAUAAGAAAGACCUGAGGGAAUGGAGAAGCGCCUGCAGUCAGCUCACGGCUAUUGGCCUGGAGCCAUGUGAAAUUGACGAGAAGGUGGGUAGUAUAAUCGUCGACCCUCUAUAUGGAUGGAGAAGGGAUCCCAUCAUCCCAGCUGAACAGACCCAAGGCAAGAGCAUCGUCGACCAUCCGGAUGUAUGGGGAGAGGUCCCCACCCUCCUAGCUAAACAGAUUCAACUCAAUACCAGCAUCAGACAGGAAUGGGGAAUACUGCGCUCCUCGGGAUCAGGCAGAAUCUUUCAGCAGGCACUUGGACUCCCCCCUCCUGUUGAAAAAUAUAGGCCUCACAAAGGGAGUGAAUCUGAUUGAUAUCAACAUCUCUGAUACAGAUAACAGAUCGUCUGUUCUUAGUCUGCGUUUGGCAUCGUGGUGCAUUACGGUAAUCCAGCUUAUCCAACUAGCAUUGGCCUAUUUUAGUGUUUGUUUAAUAACCUUUAUCUCUAGUUUGGUGGCUAUUUUCCCACAUAUUAUAACAUAUAAGCACAGCCAACACAGUGCAGCAACUGUGUACUGAGCCUCAGUUGAGUUUGCAACGCCGGAAUUGCAUUUUG